GCAUCUCUGGACGACUACUCUGAUGGCAGUUCUGAUGAACUAUCGGUCUCUCCUUAUCAGCGGUCGUCUAACUCGUGUAUUCUGUGGGAUACUGCCGAAGAUCGCAUCCGCUCAAACCUCGCCAAAUGGCGCCAAUCGCACACCCGAGCUCGGGGCCAGAGUAGUACCAGUGAGACUGCUGUGUCACAUCAACGACGCCCCAGCGGUAAAAUGACACGAAAAUCCGGCCGAACGGUUUCUACUGCAGGCACUGACGCCGAUCGACUGUCUGGUCCUAGUGAGGACGAAGAACAAUCAGAAGCAUUCCUUGUGGGCGAAAUACGUCACACGCUGGAGCAUAGUCAAGGUGGAGAUUCGGCAGCUGAGAACGUGAUCUUGGAAGUGAAUUCUCUAAAACAUGCGUACAAUAUCAUGAUUGACGAUUUAUACUUUUUGUUAACAAAAGCCAUUCUGGAUGUGACAAGGACGAAGUGUCCCACGUCUGAUUCACCUAAUAAAGUGGAUAAAGAAUCAGUCCGCGCAUUCGUAACCGAGUUCAAAACACAACUGACUCGUUUCGAGGUUGUGCUGCAUGCCUAUUUUGGUCAGUCUACACAGGCCAGUCGUAUGUGUUUACAAGCGUUGGAAGACAGCGCAUGUUAUAACCCGUUACUCAUGGAAGCCAGCCCGUAUCUGAUGCAUGCGAUGUACGACGCGGAUCUGAUAACAGAGGAGGCGAUUUGGUGGUGGCAUGCAGUGGUGGAACAUCAAAUUAAAAAAAAUCAGCUCACCCUGGUUGCUGAUUAA